AUGGGUAAGGCAGGAAAGGGAACAGGAUCCUUUGGUAAACGAAAUGGAAAAAGUCAUUUUCUUUGCAUAAGAUGUGGAAAAAGAAGUUAUCAUUUACAAAAAAAAAAAUGUUCUUCAUGUGGAUAUCCAAGUGCCAAAAAGAGAAGAUUUAACUGGUCUGUCAAAGCCAAAAGAAGAAAUACUAUGGGAACUGGUCGAUGUAGAUAUAUUAAAACACUUAGGAGAAAGUUAAAAAAUAAAUUUACAGAAGGAAGCACACCAACACCUAAGCAAAGAUAA